AUGAGCUCCUCCUUCCCCAAAUCUGAAUCCACGACCUCCUUGUUGAAAUCGUCCACGGCGGCGAGGAGACCGACACACCUCCCUGAGCGCACAGCAGAGAGCCGGAGGAGUCAGCAUCAGCAUCAGCAUCAGCAUCAGCAUCAGCACCAGCAUCAGCAUCCCCACCCGCAGCAUCAGCACCAGCAUCCCAACCCGCAGCAUCAGCACCAGCACCACCACCGUCCCGCCACCACGCUCCGGAGCAGCCCAGCCGAGGAGUCCUUCUGGUCGGCCGAGUGCGACGUCAGCGCCCGGAGACCCCUGUGCCACCCCACCCUCGUCGGCAGCCCGGACAGUAGUGACCACGCAGCCACUCGGGACAAGUGCAAGUCUCAUGCCCCGACCCACGGCCAAGUUCCCGACCCCCCACACAGCGGCGAGGCGGGCCGGGGUGUGAGGGAGCGCUGCAGGUCCUCCAAGCCCACCCACCGGCACCACCACCGCAAGAAGCACCCCCGGGAGGAGCGUCCCCCGGCGGCAGGGGCACCCGAGCCCGGGCAUCCCCGCCACAGCAGCCCGGUCCCCAGGGUGCCCUCGCUGUCGGACAGCAACGACGACAGGACGCCUCUCUGUGAGCCGAGGGACCGUCGGGGACCAGGUUCGGCCAACAGUGCAGGAGGACAGGUCCCCAGUCCGUCCCCGUCCUCCUGCUCCCCGGUCCCGCUGUCCAGCAGGUCGUCCCGUCGCUCCCGGAGGUCCAGCGCUGCUUCCUCUGCAUCCGAUGUCCAUUUAUGCAGCAUCCUCAAUUCACUCUUUGGCCAGGACAGAGAGCUGCGGCCAGAGGAAAUGGAUGAGUUGCGCGACGCUUUCAAAGAGUUUGACAAGGACAAAGAUGGUUUCAUCAGCUGCAAAGACCUGGGAAACUGUAUGAGAACCAUGGGAUACAUGCCCACUGAAAUGGAGCUGAUUGAGCUGAGCCAACAGAUAAACAUGAACUUGGGAGGUCAUGUUGAUUUUGAGGAUUUCGUAGAGUUGAUGGGUCCGAAACUCCUCGCUGAAACGGCUGACAUGAUCGGAAUAAAGGAGCUGAAAGAUGCGUUCAGAGAGUUUGACACUAAUGGAGAUGGUGCCAUAAGCACAUCCGAGCUCCGAGAUGCAAUGAGAAAGCUGUUGGGUCAACAGGUGGGUCUAAAGGAAGUAGAAGAUAUCCUGCGGGAUGUUGACUUAAAUGGAGACGGGCUUGUUGACUUUGAAGAGUUUGUACGAAUGAUGUCUCGCUGAGGUCACAAAAAGAUCGGUCCUGAAUGUGAAGCUGUGUCCUUGUCUGUACUUGACCGAGUUCGACAGAGGAUCAUGCUGAGAUCUUCUGAGCCGUCCCAAUAUAAAUCAAACUGGAAUCAAAACUCCUUGAAUGUAACGGAGAAAAGCGUCACCUCUCACUUUCAAACAAUAAGUGUUCUUCCUGAAAAGUCUCCGGUUCAGUGAGGCGAAAUUUGCUGUAGCCUAGCUGAUGAUUGUUCAACUUAGGUUUUUGCACUUUAAUUCUCACUAAAUAACUUCCUGUGUGGAUAGAACGCUAGUGUCUCGUCUCCUCUUCUACGUGGCUAAUAUAAGUGUUUAGCAUAACAGUCAGGAUUAGAGAAUGUAUGCCUAUAGAAAAGAUUGAGAAGACUGUUACGCUUCAUCUUCACACAGUAUGUGUUUUAUUAGAAGUUAUAAGUGGAAUGAACUGGUGCUCCCCCAAGGAACCAACGUGGUAAUAUCACACCUGUGUUGUAACCGUGUGACCAUCUGUGAUUUCUCACUGUGCCAGUUCAGUAAACAGAAGCAUCAACUGUCUGACAGCUACAUGCAAUGAAGCAGCAGAUCUCUGAAAUCGAUGAGCAGCAGAACUCAGAAUUACAGUUCAUAUACAGGAUCUCACUCUGCAUGGUCUGGAUCAGGGACAGUGGAAAACCCAUUUAAAGGAGACAUAUGGGGCUUUUUAUCAGUUUUUCUUUCCUCUAGUGUGUUUUAAAGAGCCAAAACUCUCCUCCACAGAAAACCCUGCUCCUGAAGCUCCUCGUCACCAGCCUGGCCGAUACCUCCGGGCUGUCAUAAUGUCACAUGACAUCACAAUGCAGACAUUUGCAUGAUUUAAGCCUAACGGCCACUCUGGCACACCCUCUACUAAAACCAGUUAAAGCGAGGGCAGAGGUCAAUAUUUCCUACAGGAGCUGCAGCAUUGGCCAAUAUGAGGAAUUUAUGAACGUGAAUAAUUGCAUUAUAUGUCUCCUUUAAAAAAGAUGCAUAGCUCUCUUUCAAAAGCCAGAAAACCAAAGUGCUCAGUGACACUAGCCUGCUGUGGUCUGCAGCAUCCAAUGCAGUGUAAAUGGAGCCUCUCCACUUACUGUCUGACAGCGCUCACAGGUUUGAAUUCCUGUCAUCUGUAACCUUGCUUUGGGAACAAGUAAUGUCAGUUUUCAAAGUAUCACCACGACCCUGUCUGUGAACACACCGUAGGAAUGACAUUUGUGGUCUGUAUAUGCAGUGGAUGUGAUUAUGUUGUACCUGUACUGUAUGUCAGUGUCAAUAUGAAUCUAGUUGUGGUAAUGUUCCACACAUCCGUGUUGUUGAAGCAAUUUUUAUGCAUGCCAAAGACAGAAAUUUAUUAAAUUUAGUAUGCACAUUACAUGUUUUUGUCUAAGGAAGUAAAUACAAUAAUUUCGCCAAGUUCAUUGUGUACAAAAAUUAAAAGGUGUCUACAUUUGA